GCAAGACGUGCAUUUCGCUAAGCGAGAUUUUUCUGAAAAUUAGUGUAUCACAAGACCCAAGAAAGUUGCAGAAAUGGACGACUAUACUUCUAAGAGGAAGAGAGAGGAUGGACAGUAUCGACAACCAGAACCUGUCCCUAGUAGCUAUCAGAGGCUGGGCAUGGGUUUCAGAACCACGCCCUACUCCUCCGGGAGAUUCAUGGAGGCUGAGCCCGCUAUAAAGCGGCUUCACCCAUUCACUGAUCAGACAGUGUUACAGAAAACUGGGUUCAUUCGUACUUUGGACAGAGGGGCAACAUGCGAGACAAGUAAUCUGUUGAGUGAUAAACAGAUUCAAAAGUUCAUAACAUCUACCGUGCUUCCUCACCACCGCAAGCUGAUCAACUCCAAUGGCACGAAGUGGUCUCAGCCAGAGAAGAGACCUACCCAACAGAGACCGACAACAACAGUUGCAGAGUGGAACUAUGCACCAAUGUCUCCUGCCUUUGGAGUGGGAUAUCAAGCAACAAAACAAGUCUUUUCUGUGCCAACAAAUGUUUCCCAAGGAACACAGAGAGGGGCCAUCAAAGAAACACAAAGACAUCCUCCCAGUUUUUCCAUGGGAGUUAAUGUUCCCAAGGAGACACAGAAAGAAAUAAUUCUCAUCGAAGAGGGAACAGAAGAUAAGGUCCCCCAUGAAAUCAGUGUCCCACAGAAAGCACAAGAAGAUGUCAUCUUCAUCAUGGAGGAAACUCAAAACGAUGUCAUCUAUAUUCCAAAUGGAAACAGUGUCAUGCAAAGUACACACGAACUCAGCUAUGGACCAAAAGAAGGGAGUGUUUCUGUUUCUCAUGGAUCACAAAAAUUCAACUAUAUUCCCCGGGGAAACAAUAACUCGCUGGAUGAGAUCAUUUUGAGCCCUCGGGGGACCAGUGCUCCUCAGAUUACACAGGGACGACCUAUAUACCUACAGAGUCCUCCCACGGAUGUCCUUAGUGGUGGUCUGGACUGUAAAAGAUCCCAGACAUUGGAGACUCCUGUACAACGUGUACCAACCAAUGACGUAUCAGCUCAAUAUCAGCAGGAUGCUUUGUUCCAUCAUCUCCAACCGUGGACCAUGAUUCCACAAACCUUCCCUACAGAGACUGAGCAAAACCUGAAACGGAUCCCUGUACAGGAGCAAUUUACUGACACACAGACAGACUCCGAGUCGUUACUGGUCAAUGGAAGCAGGGCUAGAGAUGCUGAGAUGUUUGAACACGCUUCACAGUUUGUUGAAGUUGCUCAAGAUACUGUUAAUCAAAGACCGGAGGUUGAAAACCUUUACAACCAAAAGAUUACCCGAGAGCAGAUAGAGGCUGACCUGCGUCAGAUUAUGGGAGAACUUCUUGCAGAGACUCCUUCUACUACACAGCAAGUUGACGAGGAGAAACAAACUACAGAAGCUGUUGGUAACGAUACAGAGAUACAAAUCCAGGAUAGUCCUGAUAAAUGUAGAAAAAGAAAAAGGAAAAUGUGUAGUCGCGUCUCAUCCAUGAAACGUCAGAAGGUCGAUAGAGAGACCGCAGACGUCACUUCCGUUCUUACACAAGACCCAAAGGCUGAAAAAAAGGUUUGGUCAGAAAACAGCCAAGAUCAUGAUGACUUCGUGGAUGACGCCCUCAAAAUCCUGCGAGGAGAGUCCUCCGACAUGUUUCCCGAGAGUAUCAUUGACCAACUCUUCAAGGACACCUUUGAGUCCGAUAUCUUCCUGACUUCCGGUGACGAUUUUGCCAUGGAUCCGCUGUUCUUCCUCUCUCCAGAGUUUGACCACGGAGUCAACAGCCUCUGGAAGGAUUGAAGCUUCAUGAACUGAUCACCCGCAGUCUUUCAGAACGUUUUUAUAACUUAUUUUGAACAGAUUUUAAUUUAUUUAGUGAUAAAUUCAUACAAUUUCCACAGCUUAUAUAUGCCUUUCCCCAUGUUUAUUAUAGAUUUACUCGUAUAUCAAAGAGUUUGAACAAUAAUCACUUUGCGAAGUGUUUUUUAAUUUAUACUACAACCGUCUGUUUUUAUACUUCGAGAAUAUUGAGAAAUGAUGUGAAAUUAUUUUGA